AUGUUGAUGAAAAAAUCAAUAGUUAUGGAAGUUCAAGCAGCUGGUAUGUUUUCCAUUCAAAUAGAUACAACACAAGACAUUUCAGUUCAAGAUCAAUGCUCAAUCAUUAUACGAUAUGUCAAUAUGAUUGGUGUUAAUGAAAAAUUAUUUGCAGUAGUUACUAUGCAAGAUUCAAAAGGGAAGAGCUUUCAUACUAUGUUGGAAGAUAUUUUAACUAAAAAUGGACUUGACAUUAAAAAUUGUAUAGGGAAUGCUACGGACGGAGCAGCAAAUAUGCAAGGCAAAUACAAUGGGUUUUCUGCUUGGCUAUCUAAAUCAUCACCCAAUCAAGUGCACGUUUGGUGUUAUAGUCACAUUUUAAAUUUAGUUUUAAUUGAUGCUACAAGUAUAACACUACCGACAGCUUCAUUAUUUGUUUUACUAAACGAUAUUGCUGUUUAUUUUAAAGAAUUAUACAAACGUAUGAAUGUCUGGAAAUCAAUCAUUGGGGAAAAUGACAAAAGACGACUAGCAACGAUUGGAAACACACGCUGGUGGUCCAAAGAAAAGGCAUUAGACCGAAUUUUUGGAGGGUGCUUUGUACAUUGCUCUAAUUAUAGCAUUAAAUACUAUUGA